AUGAUUCAUGUGAAGUUACCAAAUUGCGAGUAUCCGACUCUGAUUACUUCAUACGCAGACUUGGGAAAUGGAUAUUUCAUGUGUCCUAGGUCGCAGUUGACAUUUCACUUCGACCAUCUCAAGCAGACAGUCAGUGAUGUUAAAAGUUUUGACAAGAGUAGCUUUGAUAAUAUAGACUGUGAUCUGGAGAGUUGGAGGCGUGCAUUAGAAGAUAGCGCUACUGUCUAUGUAAACGAACAUUUCCCUGAUGGAGCUGUUGAAGUUUACGCCUUGAGGUCGAAUGAUGGUGCACGCUCUCUCGUUAUGUGCAUUGAAUCUCACUUCAGUAAACAUCAAUCAACUGGACGAUGGCGAUCCGAAUGGACUUUCAAGCUAGUUGGACAAAAAUCGAUGGAGUUUUCGGUUCAUGGUGUUAUUAAGGUUCAGACACAUUUAUACGAAGAGGGGAAUGUUCAAUUGAUUUCAUCCAAAGAAGUUGAUUUCAUUGUCUCUGAAUCUCUCCCUAGAAUAUUUGCCAGGGAAUCAAUAAAGAGAAUAAAAGAAGCUGACUGUGCAUAUCAAAUUGCCAUUGGCGAGAACUUCAAAACUAUGUCCGACACAACUUUCAAAGCUCUUCGGCGGCAACUGCCUUUAACUCGUUCCAAACUGGAUUGGAAUAAAAUCAUCACUUAUCAGAUAGGUAGCGAAUUAUCUAGAGCACCACCAAAUUAA